GCCAAAUGCCGCUAUUUAGGUCUGGCAUCACUGAUUCUGAAACACGCGCAAGCUAAAUAUUUAAGACAUGGAAAAUUGUAGUUAACAAAGGUUUAUAUUAAAAUAUUCUGCUUAAAUAAACCUUACUGAUUUACAAGUAAACCACACUACCUCCAUUGAAAGGAUUUACCAUAUAUAGAGGACAAAACCGACACAAGCUAACAUGGCUGGAGUACUCUUCGAGGACAUUUUCAACGUGAAGGACAUGGAUCCGGAGGGCAAGAAGUUCGACCGUGUGUCCCGCCUGCACUGCGAGUCCGAGUCCUUCAAGAUGGACCUCAUCCUGGACAUCAACUCGUGGCUGUAUCCCAUGGAGCUGGGCGACAAGUUCCGCCUGGUUCUGGCCACCACGCUGCGCGAGGACGGCUGUCCGGACAGCGGCGAGUACAACCCCAUGGAGCACGAGGGCACGCGGGCGGACAGCUUCGAGUACGUGAUGUACGGCAAGAUCUACCGGAUCGAGGGCGACGAGGCGCACAACGAGGCAUCCCGGCUCUCCGCCUACGUGUCCUUCGGCGGCCUGCUGAUGCGACUGCAAGGCGACGCCAACAAUCUCCACGGCUUCGAGGUGGACCAGCACAUGUACCUGCUGAUGAAGCGGCUGGCCUUCUGAGUUUCUUAUCUACUUAUUUCCGUUCGCAAAUUAGACAUAAACAACAAACUUUAUUUACAACGUA